GGCGGCGCCCGAGCAGUCGCUAAACAUGUACCUGUAAGCUAGUAAAAUGCUCCAAAGGUGCACUAUUCCUACAUUACAGCCAUACCUUUUUUACACGCCAUCUUCCGGGCCUCGAGCAACAGGACGCUUUGUGGUCGCAAUCAGGAGAGAUCAACGCGACAAAGACACUUAUCAAACAAGAAGGAAUAACACCAGGUGUAAUAAUUGAAAUCUGUGUAACACGCCAUUAAAAAGAUGGAGUUUAUCAAAGAGGAGACCGAAUACAUGAGUUGUGCAGAAGCAUGCAGCGUGAAAAACGAAGACACAACGGAACAAAAAGAACCGAUGGAACCAAAGGAGGAAAGUGAAGAACUGAAAGUGGAGGAGAGACAUCAGUAUCUUAAACCUAAUGACUUGGUCACAACUGGAGAAGAAUCUAUCCGCUCCUCACUGGCUAAAAAGAACGUCUCGCAAAAAACAACCAGAGCCAAAAAUUAUUUCGCCUGCCCUCAGUGUGGAAAGAGUUACAGCAGUAAAGGAAACCUUGAGGUGCACUUGAAAACCCACACUGGAGAGAAGCCUUUUGCAUGCCCUCAGUGCGGAAAGAGUUUCCUGUUUAAAGGAAGACUUGAUGCACACAUAAGAAGUCACACAGGAGAGAAACCUUUUGCGUGCCCUCAGUGCGGGAAGAAUUUCGGCAGCAAAGGAAUCCUUGCUCGGCACGUGAAAAUUCAUGACGCACGGGACCCUUUUACCUGCCUUCAGUGUGGGAAAAGUUUUGCAGUGAAACAAUAUUAUAACCGUCACAUGAGAAUUCACUCUGGGGAGAAGCCUUUCACGUGUCCUCAGUGUGGGAAAGGUUUCACAGAGAAGCAAAGCUUUGAAAAUCACAUUAGAAGUCACACUGGAGAUAAGCCUUUUGAGUGCCCUCUAUGUGGACAAGGUUUCACACGGAAAGAAAGCUUUGAAGUGCACAUGAGAAUUCACACUGGAGAGAAGCCUUUUACCUGCUCUCAGUGUGAGAAGAGUUUCACGCGUAAAGUGACCUAUAAGAUGCACAUGAGAAUUCACACGGGAGAGAAGCCUUUCACGUGCCCUCAGUGUGGAAAAAGUUUCGCCGAUAAACCAAGCUUUAACUGUCAUGUAAGAAUUCACAAUGGAGAAAAGCCUUUUACAUGCCCUCAGUGUGGGAACAGCUACCCGUGUAGACGAUACCUGAAAAGGCACAUGAAAGUGCACGCUGAAGUAAAACCUUUCACCUGCCCUCAGUGUGGAAAAGGUUACACAGACAAAGGAGGCCUUACCAAUCACAUUACGAAUAUUCACACUGGAGAGAAGCCUUUCCCAUGCCUCCAAUGUGGAAUGCGCUUCACUCGGAGAACAGCCUUUAAUACACACAUGAGAAUUCACACCGGAGAGAAGCCUUACACAUGCCAGCAAUGCAAGGAGAGAUUCACAAACAAAAGAAGACUUGAUACCCACAUGAGAAUUCACACUGGAGUGAAGCCGUUUACCUGCUUCCAGUGUGGGAAGAGCUUCACACGCAAAAGGACGCUUAAUACACACGUGAGAAUUCACACAGGAGAGAAGCCUUACACAUGCCAGCAGUGCGAGGAGCGUUUCACCAACAGAAGAAGACUUGUUUCUCACAUGAGAAUUCACACGGGAGAGAAGCCUUACACGUGCUUCCAGUGUGGGAGGAGCUUCACACGGCCGAGAAGUCUGAAAAAUCACGUUUGCUCCAGCUCUAAUGUGAGAUCAUUUAACUGUGAUCAGUGCUGUAUACAUUUUACUUCAGCAUCAGCCCUAAAAAUGCAUCUUGAAAUUCAUACAGAGAAACUUCCCUCUGGAUUGGCCGAAAAAACUGAUUUUGGUGUGCAAGCUCAUGUUUGCUUGGAGUGUGGGAAGGCCUUUUCUAAUACAAGUGACUUGGGACGGCACCUGAGGAUCCAUACUGGGGAAAGACCUUACAGGUGCUCAUAUUGUGGAAAGGGUUUCGCUCUGUCACAAAGCCUGAAAAUACACGAGAGAGUUCAUACUGGAGAAAAGCCAUACCACUGCACUUCAUGUAGAAAGAGUUUCAACCAAUUAUAUACUCUACAGAUUCAUAGAAUAAAGUAUUGUCCAAAGUUGAUGCAGGGAGCAAAGUGCAUGUCAUCUGCAGUGUAAAUAAUGAGCAAUUCUCAAAGAGGCUGGUUUGCAACAUUGCAUUAACUGUAGGGUCAGAAAUUACAACCUUCAGAUGACUCGCUGCAACUCUCUCACUCUGGAUCCCUGUCACGUGGAGCUCGCCAGAACAACAGGACUACCGCGUUCGAAUAAACAAUUGUAAAAGAGUGAUUUAGGAAGCAAUUCAUGGAGUAACUUUACCUUGUGGAAGUGUGUGAUUGUGUUUUUAUCCCCCUCGAAGACUUCUGAAUAUAAACAAUCAUUGUUUGUAAUGAUGUGCGGCUGUGAGUGCGAUCGCUGAAGAAAGCAUCCAGAUUAGAGGUCAACCAAUAGUGGAUUUUCCAAUACUGAUAACUAAGGGGGUGGGAAAGGCAGAUAACCGAUGAAUCGGAUGAUCAUUUUUAAAUUGUAUUAAUGUAAUAUAUAAAAAAUAACACUUAUUAUGAUGGGGACAGACAAAGAGUCCUAAAUUAAUAAAUCCCAGAUGAAGUUUAUUGUCACCAAGUCCCAAAAAUAACUCUAAUCCGGAUCAGAUCUUGACAUAUUGUCAGUUCUUCAGUAAAAAUAAGAACAUGGCUUGACGAGACCAAAAGAAAGAUUUUCUUCUAACAAGUUUGAUCUUCUUUUCCAGUUGUCUGAGUCAUUAACUCAGCAGGGCGUCCUUUCGGUCAAGGGAUUCAUGACCUCCUGUUGGCUGACGCUAAUCCGAACUCCAUCUCUCACUAGCUAGCAAUUAAGUAAAAGUAGGUUACGCCUGCAAAUCACUGGAAAAAUCGGCAAGUGUAAGUGCAAAGUAUACUUCGGUUAGACUCAUACGCUAACAACUGUGUAUGGGACUCUUGAUGCAAAUUCUGUCACUAGUUUAGUGCUCGGGCACUGCAUGCACGGCCCAAUAUUUCUAACCGUGCAGUUUGAGCAUGCACUUGGAUUAUUUGCACUAAUUAGUGGGUCCACAAGUUGGAAAUACUCACAGUUGAGCCGUUGCUUUCACCAAAGUGCCUUUCAAGGCAAGUCAAACCACUCUGUGGCCAUCUUUGGAACGCUCCCUGGCAGCUUUUUUAUGGAGACAAGCAUGAAAAAAAUGGAAUCUCUAAAACGGUUGGUCAAGAUAACAGUCAAAAAGGCAUAUUUUAAAUCAGCAGUAAAAUCUGACAACAGUGGUAUCAUAAAAUGUGCUUUAGCUCCAAUCAAAAAGAUGCUAAUUUUCACACUGGUCCAGCUGAUACACAUGCGAGUUCUCUAGUUGACUGUCUAUCGAUGUCUGUAUCUAAAAGGUGAUUGGAUCUUUUACCUGUUAGGUGGGACUUCCUUUUCUUGAGCCACCCAUAAUUUACCCAUUAAUUUAAUACAAGUGCUCCAUCUUAGCCUAAACAAUGUUCGCUUUCAUGACAAAUUGCUAGAUGUAAUAGCAGCUUACUUGAGACAAAGGUGGAAACGACAACAGAGGAUGUGCACUUCAAGAACACAUGUAUUUGUAUAACUUGAGUCUGAAGAAAUAUAAAUACACAUUUAUGGGUCUACACUCCUGAAAAGAAAUAGUCCCGUGUCUCAAAGCAGUCGUAGCGUGCAUGCACUAACCACGUGUGUAUGCAUGCACAUUCAAUUGAAGUAUACUUUUGAAAGGCUGAGCGGUCAAUUGUUCGCUGGCGUUCGUGUCAAAACCAAAGUAUGCUUUGUGUUUUAAGUCAAAUGCAACUGAAACUGAAAAAGAUAUUUAGCAAACUGGGAUCAUAUAAGUAUAUAGUAUUCAUAUAUUACUCAAUGUGCUAUAUUUAGUAUGUGGAAGUGUUUAUUUUAAUUUUAUGAUUAACUCCAUAAUUGUUAUCAUAUUUUAGCAGUCUAAAAAUGUGCAAAUUCCAUGUUCAAUCAAUUUACAUGAUGUCAUAUCAUGUAUAAUAAUGUAUGAGCUGCAACUGUUUGAAUUGUCAUUCCAACAUAUAGGUGCUACUGUGUUAGUAUGUAAAAACAAAAAUGAACCCUGGUUGCAUGGUAUGGCUUGUAAAGGAGGAAUGUCUUUAUGGUAGGGUGACCAUAUUCGGUUUUUCCAAAAAGAGGACACAUUGUUUUUUUGCCGGGGGGAUAAUAGGGUUCAAAACAGUGUUACUAUGAAUGCAAACUUUAAUACAGUGAAAAAGACACUAUUAGCAUAACAUAUAUAUAUAUAUACAUACAUUUCCAACAUUCUUUUGAAUGUCCAUGUACUAAAAUAACAUAUUUGAGGCCAUGAGUGUACCUUCAUUUACUAUUACUAUUAUUUUGAAAGGCCAUGGAAAAUAAAGUGAUAACAAUUUUACCUGGUCACAAAAAGUAGUCUGUUAAUUUACCUGAUGAACUUUCACCUUUUGCUGACCCUUUAUGCUUCGCAGAGCUAAUGUGUGCUUCUCAAUCACUUGCACUUUAAUUAGCAACUGACACAUAAAAGCCUGCUUUACAAGUCAUACA